UGAAAUCCCUCCUGUCCUUUCCGGUCCGGCCAUGAUCCUCACUGCUCUCCCGAAUACAUGUCACUGCUUGAUAGCCUCUCCAAGCUGAUCCCUAGCUUGAGCCCGCAUCGUCCUCCCUCCUCCUCUUCCUCCUCCCCGCGCCGGCUCGUUGAUCACCACCACCGCCGCCGUCCUUCGCCUCCGCCGUCUGAUGCGACCUCCGAUGAGGUGCGACGGGCACAGCCUACGUCCGACGAAGGGACUUCUUUUUUGCAUGUAGAUUCUCCGCUUACUCCCAGCUAUGCCGAAGAAUUGGAACCCUCCCCAGACACACCGCAACCUCCACCUCCGAAAUACCGCUCCGUCCCGCAACCAGAUUUGGGAAUGACUCCUCCAGCCGGGGGAGGGACGCCGACCCGGAGUAAAGUCCAGCUUUCGCAAACUCAAGACGAUGAGCAAAGAUUGCUACCUAGUUUCAAGAAGUACGUCCUGAAAGAUAGUUCGGAGGUUCCAUAUACUACCCGCCAGUCACUGACGUGUGACACUCUUCCAGCUCGAGAAGCCCGAAUGGGGUCAGAAUAGUGCCAGGGCAGACGAGUAGGAAAUCCAAGAAUCAGGCCCUUUCGGUAUGCGACAGCUGGUAUAUUCCUGCGACGAUUCACCUCUGACAUGUCU